AUGGCCAACUUCAACUGGCGGACAAUAGACGUCGACUCGUACGACCCUGAAGCAGCCGUGAAUUUCCCCCUGACGACCCUUCUGCCAUCGAAUCUACCAGCACCAUCCACACCCGCCGAAUCGGCUCAGAUAGGCCAGCAAGUGCGCCAGCUGCUCCGAGCAGGCGACAGCACUGGUGCACUACAAUCAGCACUGGAAACGGCACCGUUUGCUGGAGACGAGUCCGCAAAACAAGUCCACCUGGCCACAGUGCUUGAAGUACUACAGGGGAUCAGGCAGACCGACGUCGGCCGAAUACUCAAUGAAAUCCUCAAACAACCGGGCGGAAAUGCGCUGGGGGAUACUUUGAUGAAAUACAUCUACAAAGGAAUGGCGGUGGGUGCGGGUGGAAGCGGCACCAAAGGCGUGAGUCCGCAGACGACUGGCAGCGGGUUCAGUCAGGUACAGUCGAGGAAUUUCGGCGAAGGUGGCGGUGGUCAGACUAUGAGUGUGCUGCUCAGCUGGCAUGAGAAGCUGACCGAAGUGGUUGGUGUUGGUGGAAUCGUCAGAGUCAUGUCUGAUCGUAGGACGGUAUGA